CAGCCGCCGCCGCCACUGACACCCCCAACCCCGCUUGCCGGCGAUGGCGCCACUGGAGGACGACGACCUGCUCCGCGAGAUCCUCGUCCGCCUGCCCCCGCAGCCCUCCUCCCUGCCCCGCGCCUCCGCCGUCUGCAAGCGCUGGCGCCUCCUCCUCUCCGACCCAGGAUUCUCCCGCCGCUUCCGCAUCCACCACCGCCGCAGCCCUCCCCUCCUCGGUUUCUUCCGCAGAAAUGACGCCCUGCCCGUCGUACCCACUCUCGACGCCCCGGAUUGUGUUUCCCACGGUCGUUUCUCCUUGCAGCGCGGCGACGGCGACCAGUUCAUGUCGCUCGGAUGCCGCCAUGGCCUGGUACUCGUCUUCAACAAACCGAAGAAUCAGAUCUUGGUGUGGGACCCCGUCACCGGCGACCAGCACCGCCUUGUCGUGCCUCCCGGGGUUGCGGCACAUGCAGAGAAGACAACGAUCAACGGGGCGGUGCUUCGUGCUGGUGCCGCCGGAGACGACGAUGCCCAGCACUUCCAGGUGGUGUUGGCAGUGGCAGACAACGACGACGAGCAACACAGGCAAGCACUUGCCUGCGCAUGGGGUGAUCUUGUCUCAACACAGCUUCCAUCUGACGUUCUAAUGAGUGAUGCUGCCAUCUUGGUUUCUACUGACAAGCCUGCUGUGCUGGUUGGGGAUUCCCUUUACUGGAAGCUUGCUGGGAAUAUUGAUGGAAUUCUCAAGUUUGAUUUGGAGAAACAAAGUCUGGCUGUGAUACGGGUGCCAGUGCAUAUCCUUGAAGAGGGCCAGUACAUGUUCUUGAUUAUGCGGGCAGAGGGUGGUGGCCUUGGUUUACUCAUCCAGACAGACUGCAGCAUCCAAUUGUGGAAGAUGAAGACUGAUUGUGACGGUGUCGCUUCAUGGGGGCUUGGAAGAACCAUUGAACUGGACAAGCUACUUUCCCUGAAUUCUGAGGAGACUGACAUGUUGAUACCAGGGCUCGAGGAGGAAAAUAAUGUGGUAUUCAUGUGGGCAGAUCACAUUGUCUUUACGGUCCAUCUUGAGUCAAUGAAGUUCAAGAAGCUUUCUGGAACCUACCCCCUUUCUCAUUAUCAUCCAUUCAGAAGUGUCUAUGCGGCAGGUAUCUAG